AUGUACAAAUUAACUGUUUUUAUUGCUGCUUUUUUCAGUUUAUUCUUCCAAUCAGUUAUUGCUGCUCCAAUUCAACAAGGAUUCCGUGGUAAUAUAACUUUAUACAUUAAAUCAGAUAGUGAAGAAGUCAAUGGUAAGACCCUUUAUACACUUACUAAAGACAAUGGAUUUAAUGAAAUUUACAUUGGUGAUUAUGUUACUCCAGGGGCUACUUUUUAUUUAGAACCAUCAUACAUUUAUCAAAGAUAUGAUGAUGAUAAAUCAGGUACUUCUUAUUCUUUAACUUAUAGUGAACAAGGUAAAAUUGGUGUUGCUGCUGGUUCUGAUGGUAUUUAUAUUUCUGAUUUUGAUGGAACAAAUGGUGAACUUAAAUUCUCUGGUGAUGAUUACUUAUAUGCUGUUCAUGUUGUUGAUAAACCAGCUUAUUCUGCUAGUCAAUAUGCUAUCCAAGUUGGUAAUCCAAACCUGCCACCAAAGAACUCCUACAAAGUUAAGAUCUAUGGUAGACUUAAUUGGGCUGUCUUGUAA